UCCCUCGUCCCAUUUAUCACUCUUUUCAUUUUUCUCUCUCUUCUCAAAACACAUUCACUCUUCCUUUCACCGUUUCUUUUACAUAGCCACCCUUUCUUAACACACCGUGUAAGUUGUAACUGCCUCAACAACUCGCACCUUAUCUUUGUUCAGAUAUCAGUAUUUUACCCAUAUCGUAUUGGAUUCGUUGAGUAUUAGUCUUGGUCGUUUCGAUUCAUUUUUCAGCGAUUUAAAGUUUGAAAUUAGAUUUGUAUGGCAAGUUUGAGGGAGCUGUGAGAGAAGAGAACAUGUCUGUAGAAAGGUCCUUCGAAGCAUGGGAGGAGGUGCAACGGCAUGGGCAGGACCUUGCUGAUAGGCUUGCCCAGGGUUUCAGUGGUCUGAUCCAGACGCACAUGACCCCGCCGCAGUUCGCUUGGCCAAACCCUCACAAGUCGAAGCUAUUCGAUCUUGAGUUCCCGACACACAGCUUUGCGAACGGGGAUCUUGCCCUCGCCACGCAGGAGUAUGGGAUAAACGGCGUGACAGCGAUUUUUGACAUUGGUAACAGGAUCGGCCAGGCUGGGGCGGACUUUGGGGCCAGUUUGAACGGUUUGGUUCAGCAGUUUUUCCGGUCGCUGCCGUUACCUGCGGUGCAGUUUAAGCCGGAGGAGGCGGUGGUGGGCUCGAUUCGGAUGGAUGGGGAGAAGGUUAGGCAGAGAAGUGGUGGUGGUCUUGGGGUUGCUGUUAUGCAAGAGGAUUUGGAUUUGGGGUCACUUAGUGAGAGGUUGAAGAAUCAUGGUUUUGCUGAGACUAAUAGUGGCGGCGGCGGCGGCGGCGGUGGAAAUGUUGAUGAAGAAGGUGGUGGCGGUGGCAGCAUCGGCAGCGGCAGCGGCAGCGGCAGCGGCAGUGGCAGUGGCAGUGGCAGUGGCAGUGGCAGUGGCAGUGGCGGAUUUAACCUUGGGUCUAUUGGUUAUAUGGGUAGGCGACAGGGAAUCAUAAAUUUUACGUCAACUUAUGAUAGUAGAACACAAGAAGUGGACGGGUCUUUAGUUGCAAGGGGAGAUUUGUGGAGAGUAGAGGCAUCACACGGUGGCUCUACUUCUACAUCUGGAAAUGGAAAUUCAUCUCUUUUUCUUGUCCAGCUUGGACCUCUCCUCUUUAUUCGCGAUUCAACUCUCCUUCUGCCUGUUCAUCUGUCAAAGCAACACUUACUUUGGUAUGGCUACGACAGAAAGAAUGGAAUGCAUUCUCUUUGUCCAGCAGUGUGGUCAAAACACAGGAGGUGGCUGUUGAUGUCCAUGCUUUGUUUGAAUCCCUUAGCUUGUUCAUUUGUGGAUCUGCAAUUUCCUAAUGGACAACUAACCUACGUAUCCGGUGAGGGUCUUACUACGAGUGCUUUCCUUCCGGUUUGCGGAGGUCUUCUUCAAGCUCAGGGUCAAUAUCCUGGGGAAAUGAGAUUCAGCUAUUCAUGCAAGAAUAAGUGGGGAACAAGAAUUACGCCGAUGGUACAAUGGCCUGACAAAUCAUUUUCUUUGGGUGUUGCCCAAGCCUUGGCCUGGAAGAGAUCUGGUCUCAUUGUGAGGCCAACCGUUCAAUUCAGUGUGUGUCCCACAGUUGGUGGAAGCAAUCCAGGGUUGCGGGCCGAACUCAUACAUUCUGUUAAAGAGAAGCUCAGCCUAAUCUGUGGAUGCGCCUUCAUGUCGUAUCCAUCUGCAUUCGCUUCUGUAUCCAUUGGAAGAUCAAAGUGGAAUGGAAAUGUUGGGAACUCGGGCGUUGUCUUCAGAGUUGAUGCUCCUCUCUCCAAUGUUGGGCGUCCUUCCUUCUCCAUUCAGCUAAAUAGUGGCAUCGAGUUUUGAUGAAGCCUUAUAAUGUGUUCCGUACUUUAAUAUAUUCCUUAUUUUGUACGAGAAAAAGUGUAAAUAUGUUUGGUUAGUUGGGGAAAAAAAAAAAAAAACCUAAGUCUUAACAAAUAACAA